ACCUAAAUUCUCAGUUUUCUGUAAAGUCACAAAAUCAAAAAAUAAAAUAUAAAUAAUCGUCAUCGUUUAACUUGAAAAGAAUUAAAAAUACAAGCUUUAUGUAAAAUCUUCAUAUAUUUAAGAACACAACUGUAUAAUUCAAUUCUAGAGCGUUUUUUCUGAUCAAAUAACUUUUUUUGUCAUUGUGUCAAAAUAACAAAAGAAUUCUAAGAAAAAUCUGAAGCUGCAACAAUAAAACACGAGAUUUACUUGCUGAUAUUGAGUUUAAUAUCUGAAGCAUGAUAAUAUAACACAAAAAGAUUUAACACUUGUCAAGAAUUGCACAAGAAAUAUUAAAAAUUCAUUGAGCAACGAUCCGAUCGAUUGGUUAACGUUUUCGUGUGUGGUUGCUUCAGCAUAAGAAUUGGAUAAUCAAAAGUAUUACGGAAGAAAAACAUGGCUUCAUUAUCAACUGCAAUCUUUCAACCUUCUACCAGUCAGCAUUUAGUCGAAAAACUUAAUAUUCCAUGCAGAUAUUAUAAUGUUGGACUGUGUAGAUUUGGAGAUAACUGCAGAUAUUUACAUGUCGAAGAGAGUUCAUCAAUACCUACGCCUUUCGAAAACAACAACUGUGACCUUUCACUCGCCUCCACCUCAUCAUCUUCAUCGUCAACUUCCACAAACUUUUUAAAUCCACAAGCUCCCAUUUUCGUGCCUAUUUCAAUGCGAGAGUCUGACUCGCAGCCAAAAACAUAUGCUGACGUUGUAAACGCAAACCGACCAAUAGAUCCUAUUGAAUGGACACCCCCCGUUGAUGAUUCAUUAACUCUGUGUCCAUUUCUCAUGAAAAGUGGUUUUUGUCGUUAUGAAAAUUGUUGUUACGCUCAUGGUGAAAUGUGUGAGUUAUGUGGGAAGUUUUGUCUUGAUCCAUUAAACAGUGAACAGCGAAAACAACAUCACUCAGAAUGCAUUGCUGCACAUGAAAAAGAAAUGGAACUCGCUUUCUCAAUACAGCGAUCAAAAGAGAAAACUUGUGGAAUAUGCUUCGAUAUUGUGUGGGAGAAAGACAGUCGUGAGCAACGUUUUGGUAUCCUUCCAAACUGUAAUCAUUGCUUUUGCUUAGAGUGUAUAAGAACGUGGCGUCAAGCAAAGCAAUUCGAUAACAAAAUUAUCCGAUCCUGUCCAGAGUGUCGAACAUGCUCCGAUUUUGUGUGUCCGAGUAGUUUUUGGGUUGACAAUCCUGAGGAGAAGCAACAGUUAAUCUCCAAAUACAAAACAGCUUUAAAAGAGAAAGAUUGCAAAUAUUUCAAGAAGGGAGCUGGGACAUGUCCAUUUGGUAACAAAUGUUUCUACCGUCACUGCCUACCAGAUGGGAAAACAGUCGAUGUAGGUGAACCAACAAGACCGAUCCGUUUAAACAGUCUUGGUCAGUUGGACACACGCUUACAGAGUGUUCUUUUCUGGGACUUCUUAGAAGAAAGGAUUGUCACCGAAGAUUUAUUUGCUUCGGAUUCUGAUUCUGACUCAUCUGACUUCAUCUUCUAUUAAAAAGAUAAAAGAAAAUCUAAUCAUAAAAAUUCAUAGAGUAAUAAAUCAAAAACUUAUCUGGGAAAUUUCGUAAGUGUAACAUUGUAAAAAUUUAAAUUAAAGCUUCCAUAAAAAGAUAAAAA